GCAGACGACGUAACAGCUGGACAGAUGUCAGCUGAUAAGAAGUGACUUCCGUUUCUUUUGUAAUAUAAGACCUUAUUACCUCGUCAUUAGUGCCAUUAUGAGUGCCAAAGCCAGAACGAGGCACUUGCAGAUUAUAACUCCAGAGGAAGAACUAGAAAAUCUGCGAAAUGAAGUUGGCGUGCUGCAAAGGGCCGUGGAGAGCAAGAGUGCCGCAGUGGGCAUCCUCAGGUCAGAGUUGCAAGAGUGCCAGAGAGAGAGGGACAAGUUCCGCAUGAUGGCCGAGCAGGGGACGAUUCACAGGUCGUCUGCACCUGCCGUCUCAAAGCCCGCAUACUCGGACCCCGGUAGAUCUGCAAUGCUCAGUGGCUCGGAGGGAACCUUAGCCCAGCUCUUGUCGCAGUCCAAGGAAGAAAACAAGAUGCUGCGACUCGAUGUGACAGAACUGAAAUGCAAACUGCACGACGCCCAGGCUGACAUCAAGGUACUGCGGGAGGAAGUGCACCGCCUGCGAGGUGGGGAAGGUCGCAGAAGGAGCAUCGCACACACCACAGUUAGCCAGCUGGCUCAUCAGGAGAGGGAGCAGUUCAUCUCACAAAUGGAGGCUCUCAGUGCCAAAUGCCAGGCCCUGGAGGGUGAUGUACGUGGCCUAGUUGAGGAGAGGGAAGAGCUGGUGCGUGAACUAGAUGCCGCCACUCACAAGCUCCACCGACUCAACCACAUUCUCAACACUGUCCUGUCCUCCGUGUCAAGCCCAGGAGCACCCAGUCACCCCAAGCGGAUCAUUGACCUUGAUGCCAUCAUUACAGAGAACAGAUACCUUCAGCAGAGAAUGAAACAGACAGAGGAGGAGAGAAACCUUGCACGGAGUAAUGCAUCAAAGUAUAAGGCGGCACUGGAAAAGUGCCGUUCCCAGGGGUCACUCAAGCUAGGCACUUCGGAAAACCUAAUAGUUACCCCCAAGCAAGUGGGUGAGCUGCUGAAAGACUACCGAGGUGAGGUAGGCGGAGCAGCAGAGAGCGACCUGAAAUCGCUGUGUGUUGCCCUCGUUGAUGCACUGAACCAACGAUCAAGAGCCUUAAGGACCCAGCGCUCUGCUAACAAAGUGUUGGUGGGACGAGUGACAGAGCUUGAGAGACAGUUAGCCGCUGGGGAUGUCAAAGAUAUAGAAGGAACAGAUGGCAGCGAUGGGAGCAAGAGGCUGGCAGCAGGACCUCAGCUGGGAUCCCUUAGCCUGAUGGAUGGUUAUGUUCAUCCGUCGGGCCCCAUUCCCAAGUACUCACAGGAGGAAAUCUUACAGGACCCACGGCUUGUGAAGCUCUUGCAGGGUAGCAGUGUUAGGGAAGGGGAAGUGAGUGCAAGGAAAGAAAAUGCAGAUCAUGGUGCUGAGAAAAAUGAAGCCAGUGUCUACAAAGAAGACCCAAGAUGUAAAGGCUCAAGUGAGUCAUGUGUUGUGAAUAAACAGAGUCCAAUAAAAGCUGAAUCUCAGACUAAUGGUGACAAGACCCAGGGCAGUGCCUCCAAUAAAAGUGCCUCAAGUAUUAGCAAUAUAAACAACCAGAAUAAAGAACUUUCAGAAGAUAAUACAGGGUGUGAGGAGAGAGAAUCAAGUAAUAAUGAAAAGGAUUAUGUAAAGGAAAAGGACAAAGGACAGGAAAAGGGAGUCUCAGAAAACCAGAAAGGUGAACAGAACACUAAGUCCUCACAGAAAGUCUGUAAAAAUGCUGGAAACUUAAGUGUGAACAGUGUUCCCACAAGUAAGGUAACCACAUACAUUAAUCCCAAUGAUGACCUCGAGGAAAUUAUACCCAUAGAUCAGUUGGACUCCUAUAUCAAGGAGGUUCAGCUCCAGCGAAAGCAAACCAAGAAACCUGUUGCAACAUCUGAGUCAAGCUCUUCUGAGAACAAGGUCAGUGAAGAGCCAGCUACCUCAAAUCCAGAAAGCAAAAUAGAUCAGAAUUCAAAAACUGCCAAUGGGACUGACAGUACAGGUGUACAAGAUAUGCAUUCAUUCACAACACAGGUCAUAGAAGAGGAAGAUGAGGGUGGUGAUGAUGAUGACAGCAGUUUUGAUUUGGACAUCAGUGACUACGAUAGUGACAAUGACAACCUUGAUGCAGCGCUGGAGGAGUGGCAGAAGGACUUCGCUCCAAAGGGCAGUCAAGGCAAAAACAAGGCCCUCAAGUCAAAAAGCAGUCCAUCCAAAGAAGGAAAGCCAAGUGCAAGAGAGAAAUUCCGUCUAUUCAAGAGGGACAACAGCUCAGAAACGGAGCUCCCUCCUGCCCUCCAAAAGCUCCUUGAUCAAGCCACUGCCGAUGCUAUAGGCGAUGGGAUGCAGUGCACCUGAGCCUGGCACUCACUGUCAGUUCUUGUCCAAAGUAAUACAAAACAAGCAUUUUUCUUUUUGUU